GACUUAAUUCUGGAACGAAAACCUUGUAUUUUUACACCAGUUGUUCACGGAUUUAAUGGCUGUUUUGUUAAUUCAUUUGGCUACCAAUAACAACGAAGUAGAAACGUCUAUUGUCUUUGACAAUGUUUAACUAUGUCAGCAAUUCUUCCUAUGUUAAUCAAUAGUUAACGGCGAGGCUAUUUUGAGCAUUAUUUCAUGACUAUUCAACACAUUUGAACUGCUGUGUUGAGAUUUUUGUGUUUGUUGAUACAAACAGAGGAGAAGAGCCUUAGACCUCUUUUUACUUGGAUCUAGGAAGAAUUCAAACGUUGUUUGGAUUGUUCAAGGUGGAAAGGCUGACAUCUCUGGAAAUAUUCAUGUUGGUGAUGAAAUUAUAUCCAUUAAUGGUCUGCAGUUUGAUAAUGAACAACAGGCAACAAAAUAUGUUAAGGAUGCCAGAAAGGAACUGAUUCUUAGAGUUAGAAGAGGUCAAGAUAGAAGAAGAAUGAAUAUCAGAUUGACUGGUGAUUUUACUAACUACUUCUCUGAAGCUUUAGAAAAACCUUAUGAAAAAGAGGUUUAUGCACAAAAAAAACCUGUUUCAAACAACAAAAGAUCAAGUAAAGAGUUUGAGAUAGACCUUGGAUAUAGCAACAGUAUUGAAACUACAAAUCCUACAACAGAUUAUCAUAACUCAAACAGAUCACAAGUAACCAGACUUACAAGAUCUGUCAAUGACUUGUCUGAGGUUGAUCAAGUUAAGGAUCAUUUUAUCAAAGAUGAUUUGUCAAGUUCACAACAAGUAAAAGCUUAUGAUUCUUCAAAUAAUCCUGAGAAAGGAUUUCAGCGUAUACUAAGGGUGCAAAGUGUAAAAGUGUCGCCACUGCGACAGUACAAACACACAACAGACAAUGAACUGCCUUCUCCAACAUCCUCUUUUGAUGGAAAUUACAAAAUGAAUGCUGAAAGUAGUCAUUCAUCAACAUCUGGUAAUGUUCAAAAACCAUAUCGCUCUAGUUCCGUUGAAGCUUUAAACCGUACGUGGCCGUCUGCUGAAAAUUCAGAAACCAUUUUGAACACUUCGAUAAAGAGUGAAAUCUCAGGCGGAAACUUACCGUUUGUAGUUUCAGGAAAAUCCAGUGAUGAAGAAAUACAUCAUUCAAUGGUGGAAGGAAAAACUUCUUUAUCGCUUGCACCCAAACCACCAUCGAGAAAUAGUUCAUUUCGUGCAACACGUCGUUCGUCUUCAUCAUCUGUCUUUUCUGAUUCGUCUGAAAGGAAACCGACUUCACCAAGUCCUACAUCACCCAGUCAAACAUCUUAUUAUAACCCAUCGUAUGGGAGUGUUUCCGGUGGGGAAACCAACAGUUUGGAUGAUUUUGAUAAACCUUUACCCCCAAGACGUUACAGCAAGUCAGUAGUCAUGAAUUCCAUACGAAGUAAAAAACAGGGAAGUGUUAAAAAGACAGCGACAGGAGAGAUAGUACAUCAUACUCGAACGCAGAGUCUUCCUCACUAUAUGAAAACUACUGGCCAACAUUCACCUGUUGAAGCUAUUGAGAUCAGUAAUGAGAUGCGGUUGCCAAGGUCUUCCUCAUUUUCACGUGUGAGAGUUCUUGAAACAGGAAGUGGUCAAACAAUGAGAGCUGACAUACAAGAACCAUUCCUUAGUAAAACAACUCGAUCUACAACUGCUAUGAACAACAUAACAACAGAAAAUGUAAAAUCAUCUUACGCAAUGGAUUUGACCAGUAGGGGCAGUAGUGAUCAAGGUACUGUAAUUCAGGCUCUUAAAACUGGUGAAAUAUCUUCAACAAAUGAAGAACCAAAUGAGGCGAUGGCUGACAUUGCCAAAUCGAGCGAAGCUGAAGACGAAGCUUCUAAAACUUCAAACUUGAAUCAUAAAUCAACUGUACAAUUUCAUAGUAAACGUGAAAAACAGCCAAAAUCUAUCCUUAAACGGGACAUUUCAAGACCUCAAGUGACCAAGGUGAAAUCACAAAAACCUUUUUUGAAAGAAAACUCUUUUAUGACACGUUUACUUCAAGAAUCUCAUGCGGAAGGUGGAAACGCGGCUACUGCUGCUAUUGAGAAAGAAAUCAACCAACUUACUGGUAAAACUGGUGUUUCUCUUAAGUCCAAUUUCAACGUUAAAAAUUCUUCAUCGCAAAAUUCAAGCUCAGAGGUGAUGUCUAGUAAAGCUGAAAUCAUGGAGAACGUCGAGCACACGAAUCAAGAAACAAAUAAUGUAGAGAAGACAGUAUCCUCUUCUUAUUUCAAGAAAGAAGAUGAACCAUGUUUGCAACACGUAAAGACGUCUGACUCCGCUUCAUCUGCAAAAAACGUGUUCACUCAAUCCGUUCAACAUCCUAAUGAUGAUGUUGUUUUGCAGAAAAUGAACCCUGUUUCUUCCUUUCAAACGGUGGGGUCAUUUGAUGUUGAACUGAAAGAACAACCAAUAGAAAGUAAUAUUGAUGAUGAUGACGAAAUCAUUGAAAAUGUAUUAUCGUCAAAUGAUGAUAAAACUAUUGGCGAACAGGAAGAGAACUCUAAAAUUCAAUUUUCCUUUUCUACUGAUAAAAAUAUUCAUGAAAAUAUGUCAGAAAGUGUAUCAUACCCAAGAAUGCAGAUGUUAGAUGAAGCAAAACAUGAUAAUUUCAUAUCCUCACCAGAGAUCCCUGUGAAAAGUGGGCACAGUCGAGAAAACUCGGCAUCGUCUCUAUUAGAAGAAACUUUAGAAUCGGCCAAAACCAUUGCAAGUAUAUACUCGGUACAAGGCCCCACUCGUACUCCAGAUGGAGAGGAUUUAAUGAGCACUGCAACUCAAAUGAGGCGUCAAUCACUGGCCAAAAGAGGGAAUCGACGCAGAACAAAGCUUGAUUUAUCAAAUAUUACACCUGAACGGACAUUGUCUGAACCGUCAACGGAGAUAUCGAAAGACGAAACUUCCAAAGAAAGACAUGUUGAAAAUAGAAAUAAUAAUGAACGUGAACUAAGUGGACAAAUAUCUUAUGAAGAAGAAAGUCGUCAGAAUACUUUACUUAGUCCAAAACUAGGAGCUUUGGAAGAACAAAAGGGAAUAUUGAUUUCAAGCAUGCAGAAAAAGAUUGAGUUGUUGAAGGAUCAAGAAAAUGAGGUAAAAGAAGAGAUGAACGAGAAUGAUUUAUUGGGAAAACGAGUGUCAGAAAAAGUAAAAGAAAAAACUACUAGCUCGGAGUUUUCUAAAUACGAACUCUUUGUUGGUGAACUAAACAAUAUUAUUGGACUACUUCUUUCAUUAACACAACGCAUGCAUCGUUAUGAAGUUAUGCUUGAAGAUAUUGAUCUUAACGAGGACAAUGGUCGUACAAAAAGAGAUGUUCUUUUGAAAAGCAUUGACCGAGUUAAGUGUCAAUAUGAGGAAGCCUGUAGGAUUAAAGAAAUUAACGAUAAAAGAGGUGAAACAGUUUCAAAAAUUGUUGAAGAAAGUUGUCGCGAUGAAGAAUUUGCUGAUUUUCAACAUUUUGUUGAUAUGAAAACUCAGCUGGCCCUCACUCAAGCUGAAAUUCAAGAUAAAAUCAAACUGGGCGAAGAGAAACUAAAAGCGUUAAAUUCCGCUCAUAUUGAUUGGGUGAUUUUAGAUCUCAGCUUAAAGUGACAGAUUGUGUGAAAUGUUUUAUGGUAUAAGUUUGAAAAUUUUUAAUAGAUAUGUGAAUGGUAUAAACUAUUAUUUAGAACAAUGUUUAAGUGAUAAAAACUUUGUCAUAGGAGUUAAAAAUAGUUUGCAAAUUAAUUUUUUUACAAUUAUUACUUCAAAAUCCUUCCUGUGUGACCAUUUUUGUAGUAAAGUUGAGUAAGAAUGGCCUCGAUUUAAAAUUUUACCAAUACAUAUGACAUGCUGUCGAAAACAACAAUAAACCAUAAACACCUUAAAAUAAAUUGAUUUACGUUGUUUUGACCGUAUA